AGAACGUUGUUGAGUGUCCGAGUGUAUGUCCGUGUCCAUGGAUGCGUUGGUCUGGUCCCAUCAUGCUGGAGCGCUGGCAGACAGGCAGGCAGACAGGCAGACAGGCAGGCAUUUACGCAUCAAGGGCAUUGUGCACGCCUCCCUUACAUACCCACUUUGCUUGCAGCCAGCCACUCUUCGCCCCACGCCACGCCACACAAUCCAUACGGACAGACAUACAUUCACGGCACGCCAAACAACAAAAAUUGGGUACACAGAGAGACAGGGAGUGAAUGAGACAGAGAGAGGGAGAGGAGACCAGGACCGGUACACAGACAGACAGACAGACAGACAGGGGGAUUAAUUGGCCGCAGCUCGCUUCGUGUCGCCUCGCCUUGAAAGUAUAUCAUCUUCUCUGCCCCACUAGACUCGUCCAUUCAUCCAUCCGUCACGAGCCGGCAGGUUGCACGAUCGUCACUCACUCCGUCCACACCCUCAGUUACCCACAUCAAUCAAUACACACAUACAGCAAGCCAAGCAGCCAGCAAGACAGCAAGACAGCAAGACAGGACGAGGGCAACCCGAUGAAUGACUUCCUUCGAAGGGCAGGCAGGCAAGAGAUAAGAAAACGGUGUAAAAAAGAGCAGCACCGCCCCGCCAGCCAGCCAGCCAAGCCCACAGGCCACCCAGCAAAACAGAAAACAGACAGGCAGACACCCAGGCCAUCAUCGCUCACACCACGCAGGCACGUGACGCCAAGCCAAGCCAUCCACCGUGCGUGUCUGUGAGGCUAUCGUCCGCCGGGAGGCCGUGGCCCGGCCUCCAUCUUGACCUCAUCCGACGGCACCAGAUGCAGCAGGUCAUCUACACAACCAACCAACCACAGGAAACGAGAAUGGAUCUCGCUGGCUGGCGAGGUGAGGAUGAAUGGCGCGUGUGUCCGUCCUUUCUGCUGUACUGAUUACUCUGUCUCGACAGCACGAUAGACAGUUCAGGCAGGCAGCGUCAAUCAGGCAGGGGGCUGCGUGAGGGGCGCGGUGGUACCUUCGGUCGAUGACAACCCAGACGACGACACACCAGACGCACCCUACACCACAUACACACCAGACGAACGAACACCAUGCACAGACAUUCUGAAAUAUAAGCUUUGCAUCCCUGCCUCCCUCACCGUUGGGAAGUUCAUGCCUCCAGGUGGCGUGUCGUCAUCCUUGGCCGCGACCCCCUGCGCCUGCCCCAAGAGGUUCAUCGGCCCCGUGGACCCGCUCCCACUCGCAGGUGACAGAUUGAGCAGGUUGCCGCUGCCCCCACCGCCAGGCGGGCUGUUGGACCGGCCACUGAUGUCCCCCAUCCCCAGGCCGUUCAUGCCGGGGUCCGACCCGCCCCCGCUGCUCGACGACAUGCCCCCAAUGGUCCGCAGGUUCAUGUCCUGCACUCCCGGGGGGCUCAUCAUCUGCUGCUGGUGCUGCUGCUGCUGCUGGGUGCCACCGCCCACCGUCAUGGACAUGGAGGCGAACAGGUCCUCCAGCUGCUGGCCUCCGGCUCCUUUCUGCUGCGGGGAGGCGGCGGACGACGGCGCGCACGACAUGUAUGGCGUCAUGGGGGCGGACAUGCCCUGGGGGCCGAGGGUCUGGGGCGACCCGCUGCCAGUGGGGGAGGGCUGGUGGCUGUGGGGCUGCCACGGCACGGCGCCGCCACUCAUCGAGGGGUUCUGUAGACUCAUCGCCCGCUGCUGCUGAUGCUGCUGCUGCUGGCCGCCAGCAGGAAACGACAAUCCGCCCUGACAGAGAGAGAUAGACGAGACGUACAAUGAAUGCAUUCAUCGAUCGGUUUGUGUGCAUUGCAUUGUGGGUGUUGGUACUGUGGCCUGCACUGCACUGCACACCAUGUUGGGCACACCCCCGGCGUUUGGCUGUAUGUGUGCGUAUCCCGGUGCGUUGGGGGGCUGCAUGACGUUGAUGUUCAUGUUGGGGAAACCCAUGCUCAUGUUCAUGUGCAUCGCUGGCAUGCUCCCUGCACACACAUCAUCACACAUACACACAUACACUCAGCGUGCAUGUCAGUGAGUGAGCCUGUGGGCGUCUGAGGAUCCCAUCCCCCUAAGGACAGACCUGGUGUCUGCAUGCCUGCACCCAUUCCGCCGCCCGGGUGCUGCAUGGUGAACUGGCUGCUCGGCGGGGCGGGGAGCGCCGGCACCGGCGCCACACCCGACACACCACUACCAAAAUUCUUAGACACUGGACACAGACAGACAGACAUAGAGAGGGAGGGGAGAACAAUCCAUCCAUCCGUCCAGGUGCGUGUCAUUCAUCAGUGCCUCCCUCAGUCUCACGUACGUGUGCAUUGGUUGGGGUCGAAUGACCCCAUGGCGUCCGGGAGGGGCGUCACGUCGAAUGGCUCCUUGAAGUCCACCGGGGCCGGCGGCUGCUCGUCCAGACCUAACAGGUCACCAGACGGACCGAGGGGCUUCUUGCCACCAACUGAUUUCAUUGAUUUGAUGAAAAAGGGAACGAACAGAGGUUGCUGUGGCCUGUGUGUCUUGGUGUGUCUUGAUGCAUCUAUGUGUGUGUGUGUACCUUCUUCGGUAUCGAAAUCGAUGAGUGAGGUCUCUUGCGCAGCCUUGGCUCCGUGUCUGCGACUGCGGCCGCUAUGAGAGCCCGUGCUGCUCUCAUCGUCAUGCUGACGCCACACACCACACACCACACACCACACACAAAGAGGGACCAAAUGCAAACAUUCCUGCGCCCAUGUCUGAUAGGUGCCCCAUCUGUUCCUUCCCCCGGCUACUUACGUCUCUGUCGCUUCUGUUCCUCUCGCUCAUGUCGCCCUCCCUCUCCCGAUCUCUGUCCCGAUCGCGGUCCCUGUCCCUUCUGCGUGACGCCCUCCGCCUCUCCCGCCGCUCAAUCUCACCCUCGGCCUCCUCACGCUCACGCGCACGCCUCUCGCGCUCCUCGCGCUCCUUGCGACGACGCUCCUUCAUCUUCUGAACCUGCGGGCGGACACGUUGCGACCAGGGGCGAUGCCAUCGAUGGAUGUGUUUGUUGUGUGAGGACUCGUGGAUGCCGACCCGUUUUAGGGUUGACGGCAGUCUGACGGCGUCGGCGGGUAUCUUUUUCUUCUCCUCGUGCUGGCCGUCGAGCAGCCAGUCGAGAGCCGCCUGCGUGUCGUUGUUGUGCAUCCGUAACGCCUUGCGAGCCGGACCCUCGUCGAAUCCCUGCAAACGACGUGCACUGUGAACGUGGUUCUGGGGUGUGGUGUGGCGUGGUGUGGUGUGUGUUGGGUGGGGUGGGGUGGAUUACUUGCGCGAGGAGGGCUGAGAGCGAGAGGGCAUCCACUGGCACCGACGAGUCAGCCACAUCAGCAAACGCACCAUCCUGCAGAGGAAUGGGACACAUACACCCACACGCAUGGCCGGCUAUUCAUCUAUCGCACACGUGUGCCGUCUGUCCUCCUGUCCGUCUGUCUGUCUGUGGUGACCUUUUCCCAUUUCUCGAGUAUCUUCAUUGUUGCAUCUCCGUCGUCCUCGCCGCCCUCCUGAAGCUCCAACUCAACCUAUCAACCAGCCACACCAUACACCGACCGACAAACGAAACAUGUUGUCUUGCCUUGUGUGCCGCGUUCCUUUCCCACCCAUCCCACCCACCUGUGGCUCGAGCUGCUGUGGUGUCAUCUCGAUCAUCGGACGGAACUCCAUGCGGGCUGAACCCAAGCAGACAGAGGUGACACGAAUGAGCCAUUCUCAUACAGUGUGUGGUUGCUUCAUUGCUUGCCUGGCAGCACGUGGUUGACGGCAUGGGCAGAGGCGGCGAAGAACUCAUACUGAAGAUACUGCACUCGACGCACACACACAUGACAUCACACGCACCAAGACAUUCACGUGGUUGGGUGCACUGCACCAGACGUGACGUACCUUGAGUGUCUGAAGUGUGGAGUCGUAGAUAUCGCCCUUGUACUCGUCCAAGAUGUGCAGCCACUCAAACACCUGCACGCACCCAACACGCACACAGUCUUGUCCAGCUGAAGGCGCACGAAAGCAGCUGCCAUCCCCAUACCUGUCUGUCAAUCUCUGUGAAUGCGAGGCGUGCCGACUCGAGGUUUGACUCGGCCUGCAGGUACCGCUUGUCCUGCCGACGCAAAUUCUUGUUGGACGACACCUGCUGGAAACUCUUCCUGAACACACAAGAGGGAGAGAAGGAAACGGCCAUGGGAGUCACAACCUGUGUGUGGGGGGCGUGCUGUUGUAUGUGGUUACUUUGCGGCCUGCAGCUCGAGCAGCUUCCGCUUGCGAUUCUCAAGCUGAAUCUGCACACACACACAGAGGCACGUCAACAAGUGCCAUGUGAUGUGAUGGUGCUCCCCUCCCUCGCUCCUCGACUGACUGACCUUGAGGUUUUUGUUGUUGGCCAGGUGUUGCUUCAGCGGCCCCGUCACGUUAAAAUCCAAAUCGCGACGCUAACACACACACACACACACACACACACACAGGCACAGAGCAGGCAGCAGGGAAGGAGAGAGAGAGCGAGAUACAGCAAUGCCGUGCGCUCGUCGGCCAUGCCCACCAGUUUGGCCACAGCCGAGUGCGGCGCAUCCGCACGAGUGAUGGCAUUCGUCGCCUGCACCCAGCCAGACACACAGGCCACACAGAGGCAGAAGCACCGAUGAACCACUCCAAGUGCCCCCAGUUGCUUGCUCCUUAAUGACCUCUCUGAAUUUGCAGCUGUCCGCCGAUAUGAGUUCGUCGGUGCCCUUGGUGAAUCCGGUGACGAGUGCGUCCGAGAGGUGCAUGAGCCCGCCGCAGACGGCCUCGAUGCCCAGCAUGAACUUGUCCACGCCAUUAAACACCUCCUGCAAAGUGUGGUCGUACUUGAGAAACUCACGCACGAUCCCUAGUCGGUCGCAGGCAAACGAAACAAGCCGAGGAGCACCAACGGCAUACACACGCACAAUGAACGAAAGUGUCCUGUUUCUGUUGCUCGUGUGGGUGCGUCUUGCCGACCUUCGAACACCGGGUCCUCCAGCACGCCGUGGGUCAGCUGCACACACACACACAGAGGCCCCAGGCGCCAAAUAAGGCCCUGAUUCUCUGUGCGUGCGUAUGUGGUCACCUUUUCAAGCCAGACGUUGAUUUCAGUGGAGACUGAGUUCCACGUGUCCUCCAUGGCCGCCUGUGCCGCUGUUGUCAUCGGGCGCACCAAGGACCAAACCGCUCUCCAGACAAGGGAAGAGGGCUACACAGAGGCCACCCCCGUUGCGCCCACAAGGC